GCGCCGCCGCUCCCCCCUCCCUCUGCGCGGUGACGUGCGCGGGCGCGCGGCGAGCGGCGGAGGCGGGAAGAGCGGCGCGGGGCCGGCGCUCAGAGGAGCGGCGCGGGCUCUCGGAGCUAGGCAGCAAUGGCAGGGGAAGACUGUGUAAGAAAACGCCCGUCUGGCUCCACCACAACCUACAAGAGCCCUGAGAAUGAAGAAAUGCAGAGGAGACCUGAUGGCGACAGAUCCUUUCAAAACUCCAGCAAUGGUCGCGUUGAUGUGGACCAUGUGAUAACAAGGAAGAUGCAGCUAAUAGCAGAAGCUGAGCAACUGAAGCCAGUUUUCAUGAAGGAGGUGGACAGUCACUUCACAGAGUUUGUGAACAGUUUGGUGGCAAAGUCAGCGCUCCUGGAUUCCUCAUCUUCAGCUUCCCUCUUCCCGGCUUCCUGCUCUGAGAAGGAGCUACACAAAGCCAAGACCUUAAGAGCCCCUCCAGAACAUGGGAAGAUCUUCACUGCCAGGAGGUCCCUCUUGGAUGAGCUAUUUGAAGUGAGUCACAUCAGGACAAUCUAUCACAUGUUCAUCGCUCUUCUCAUCGUCUUCAUCCUCAGCACACUUUUAGUGGACUUCAUUGAUGAAGGAAGGCUGGUCCUUGGGUUUGAUCUCUUGGUCUACGUUUUUGGAAAGUUUCCGGUCGUCUUCUGUACUUGGCUGUGCAUGUUCUGUGCCACAGUUAUCAUUCCAUACAGCCUUUUCUUCCAGUGGGCCCAAGGUUACAGCAGUUCCUCCCAUCGUGUAAUCCACUCUCUCUUCUACGGGACACUGUUCACUCUCUUCCAAACCGUUGGGCUUGGGAUUGGGCCGACGUAUGUUGCUGUAUCAUAUGCUCUGCCUCCAGCUUCCCGUUUUAUUGUAAUACUGGAACAGGUUCGUCUUGUUAUGAAGGCUCAUUCAUUUGUCCGUGAGAAUGUGCCCAGAGUCCUGUCUUCUGUAAAGGACAAGUCUGGCUCAGUACCUAUUCCUCGCAUUUCUCAAUACUUGUACUUCCUCUUUGCUCCCACACUCAUCUACAGAGACAACUAUCCCAGGAAUCCUACAGUAAGAUGGGGCUACGUAGCUACCAAGUUUGCACAGGUGCUUGGUUCGCUUUUUUAUGCCUACUACAUCUUUGUGAGGCUCUGCAUUCCUCAGUUUCGCAACAGUAGUCAAGAAACAUUUAAUCUUCGAGGGCUGGUCUUGUGCAUCUUCAACUCAAUUCUGCCUGGUGUACUGAUUCUUUUCCUGGUCUUCUUUGCCUUCCUUCACUGUUGGCUUAAUGCAUUUGCUGAGAUGAUGCGCUUUGCAGAUAGGAUGUUCUACAAGGACUGGUGGAACUCCACAUCCUAUGCAAACUACUACCGAACUUGGAAUGUGGUAGUGCAUGACUGGCUCUAUUACUAUGCCUAUAGGGACUUCCUCUGGUUUUUUGGCAAGAAGUUCAAAGCUGCAGCUAUGCUGUCUGUCUUCACAGUAUCAGCUGCCGUGCACGAGUAUGUUCUGAGCAUCUGCUUUGGCUUCUUCUACCCAGUUCUCUUUUGCCUGUUCAUGUGCUUUGGAAUGCUCUUUAACUUCAUCCUUAAUGACCGCCGGAAGGGGCCCAUCUGGAACGUGAUCAUGUGGACAUCCCUCUUCCUGGGCCAAGGUGUCAUCAUCUGCCUCUACAGCCAGGAGUGGUACGCCCGCCAGUACUGCCCUGCACAAAAUCCUGUGUUCCUGGACUACUUAAAGCCUCGCUCGUGGUCAUGUCACAUGCAGAUGUAAGAACUUGUUGGCCACACCAUCACAGAAGAACAGAGUUUCCUCCACGUAUUUGGACCAUUGACUAAUUCACUGCGGACUUUUUCUAAGGGAAUUUUUGCCUCCUGAUUAUUUGGGAGAAACUGUAUCUUUUAAAAACAGUACUGAAGCAACCCAGUUGAACUGGAUUGCACCAGGCUUCAUAGGCAGCAUCUGUCAUGUGCUGCCCCCCUUUGAGCCAUUUCCAUGCCAGUGAAACAUUAUGCUGAAGGUGCAGUCUACUGGAAUCCUACUCGUCCUGGGGUCCCCCAAGUGGCUGCUCUUCUGGGCAGUCGUCCAGUCAGAUUUGCUAGUAGCUCAUGGUUGGCUUCCGUCCAUCUUCCUCGGUCACCCCUUUGCAAUUUUUGUCUCCUUUUUGGUAAUGGGAUGUCUACAGAACUUCUAUUCUUUGUGAUCUUGUCCGUUGCCAUGCCACGGACAAGUGACGGAGCAACAAGUUAUUUGCCUCCUUGCUGUGAAAAUAGCCAAAGCAUUCCUGGAUGGCUUUGAACUGCAUUCUAUGUACAAUGGCUGCCUAGGGAUUUCAAAUGGGCAGAGGAAGAGGGUGUUUUUUUGUGUGGCUGUGUUGGAGAAUCAGCUCUUUCUAUCUUCAGAAGCAGGGCACAGUGUGUGCAGUUUGUCUUUUUUAAAUGGAAAACCUAGGUUUUCUCUAUGUUUGUUAAGUUUGUAACUGACUUUACAGCUUUUUUGUCUUCUGAAAGCCCUUGUGACUUGAGGAAUAGAUUUCUUGUAGCUCUUCCUUUCCGUUGCUCACAGAUAAUCAGAUUUUUUUUUAACACAAUUUACUUAAAAGAGCUUUUUCUUUUAAUUUGGCAGAUGCUUUAAGGUAUACAAAUUAAGGCUUUCUGUAGUGAGAAAGAUUUGAAAUACUAUGACUGAACUGUAAGAAAAUGUGAUUGACUUUACAGGUACAUAGUGCAUUCUCAUUUGAGAUGUCUGUGUUGGCUUCUUUACCAGCAUGUCAUGGUGCCCCUUGCCAACAGGUACUGUAGCAGUCUCUAUCACUGUCAGUGGGGAAUUAGGGUUGACCCAGCAGUUGGAGUCAGAGCUGCUUUUGCAUCUGCCUGUGUCUGCCCUCGUCAGUGAGAUUUUUUUCAGCUGAAAAUAAGUUUUCUACAUAUUGCUCUCCUACUUCUGAAGAGGGAGGCCAUCUUCCCAUAGACACUGCUGAAAGAAGCGCAGUGAAUUUGGUCUUUCAGUAUGUAUUUAUAACAGCAGCUAUUCUGUCUGAAUUAGGCAGAGCCCCUUCAGCUUCCUUGCGCUGUCAGAUGUUAAGCACAGAAAGGAACUUGGAUCGGGUUUGGGUGCAUAUCUGUUCAGUUUUCCUGAAAUCGUAGCUUCCAUUAUUGGAGAAGGAAGGUAACCUGCUAGUUUCUCUAACUGUUGUCACCUUGACUUUGGUCAUGGGGAUUCUCUUAAUUACUCAAAUGUUCUUAAUUGCCACUUCUCAGCAACAGCUUUUCCUUACUAACAUACAGCCCAGGUGUUAGAUACCAGCAGUAAUGGACUCGUGGACCUGUCUCCCACUUAAACGUCUUUUGGGCUUCUCUUUUUAUUAACCUGAGUCAGAAGUAAAUUCAUGAGAGCUAGGCACUACUUACUUUUCCAACUUUUGAAAUGCCUGUAAGAGGAAAUGCUGUGCUUCAGAAGGGAUGCCGUCAAGUCAAAUUUGCCAAAUCGCAGACUUGCAUGUGUUGUUCUCAUCUAAAAACAUCUCCUACCAGAACUUGUCUGAAACAGUUGGGUUGGCUUCAGAGGAAGGAGUUUGUGUGUGUAACCAAACCUGGCUGUAUUAGUAUACAAAAUCCCAGGAAUGAAAUACAUUACUCUUAUCUUGUUCAGUCUGAAUAAUCCUAAGUCUUUCUUUCCCUUUCUGCUUAGAGGAAGGGAUAGAAGUGCUGGAAGAACUGAACAGUCACUCUCAAAUCCAGCUUUCUUCUUUAAAACACAAGGAAAGCAUGAACAAAAGCAAGUAAACCCUUUGGCCAAACAGCUCUAUCACUUGCUUAACACAGGGUAAAAUUCAGUUUAGUACUUUAGAGCUGGUGCUUGAAACACUUAUAUACAGAUAUGAUUGUACUCAAACAGGGUGUGAUGGUUUUGGAACUCAUUUUUUUCUUCUUGAUGCCUGUGUCAGGUCUUGCUACAAUCUCAGUGUUCUGAAAAGAAAUAAAGUCCUGGCACUUUGUGCCAAGUUGUAGUGUUGCCCUUACAGCUGGCACUGUGUCAUAUCCCUAAUGAACAAUAUCAGCAUUUUCUGGGUCAGCAUCCUUGGUGUUGGAAACAUUGGUGGUUCGAGCAUCUGGCAAGCAAAAGGCAACCAGGAUGGGGUGCUCAGCUGUUGGCAGUGGUCUGAAGAUUUUUUGACAGGUGAAGGUUUUCAGCCUUGUAGAUCAAGGCAUCUCACAACUGUGCUGUCAGGGAGUUAUUUUCAAUUUCAUAGGGUUUUUUAAAUUGCUUUGAAUACAGGCUUACAUUCGUUUUUCUGGAGGGGAGAAUACUGAGUCCUUUGUUUAAUUAGUCUGUUAUAGUAUGUUUGUUUGCUUGAAAAGAGCUUGCUUAGACCAUGAGUACCAGAGCUAGCGGAGUGGUGUUCUGGUCAAGUAAGUGAAUGUUAAGGUUUAUAACCUGCCCUUUUCAAGUUUCUAAUGGUAUAUGCUGUUUUCUGUGAUUCUUUCCAACACAAGAAUUAUAAAGCUUGCUUCCAUAGUAACUCUUUUAAAGUUUUAAGGUGGGAAGCGUCCAGCUUUGGAAUGGCAGCCAGAACAGCUGCAGCUCAUUGUUCAACAUCACAAAAAUCAGUGUUAAUGUUGUGAAAUAUAUCCAAAAUCUAUCCCAUUAUCAUGCAGAUAAUGGUUAGUUCUCAGGAAAACUGAAUCUGUGCAGUCUUCACGCCUUGUACGUCCUUUCUGUUAGGAUGUUUUUGCUUUCUGCCUUCCAAAGUGAAGCAGCCUCGCAU